GUGGCAUUUAUGCAGGAGGAAUCGUUUUGAUGAAUUAAAAAAAAAAACACCAAGAAGUAUCACUAUUAUUGUAAUGGGAUAAAAUGAAAGAUUACUGAUUACUGCUAGUAUUUAUUUAGCAUUGCAGUAUAAACAAUGCUACAACAUUGCAUGCGAGGGGUUAACCUAGAACUCUCUCUGUGAAUGAGUGAGGCAUGCCUUGCACUCUAUACAGGUCCUCUCUGACUUGUUAUUGUGAGGGCUGUCUCACGUACACACAGGACCAAAGGAAUGUGAAAUGGAAAUGACCAGCAUGACUAAUUUAUUGUGGCAACCUCCCAUGACAACCAGAGAGUCCCUAGAGCACCAUAAGAAGGCAGGGGGCAGUGUUCCCGGACACUUUCUUUGUUACACUGUAAUCAUGGGCUGUAAAGGAUCCAAGGUGCAGGUGGUCGAAGUGAAGCCCACUGAUGGGAGGAAGAGCGGAUGGGGGGCUCAUGGCAAAGGGAACCAGGUGAGUGUGAGGAAGACUUACAUUUAACAUGGAAUAUUGACAUCUCAUUAACUCUCACUACCCCAAGAUGUGCAAGUUGGUAUUAAAAUGCUGUUAAAUGAAUACACCCAGACAUCUGUUAAGAAAAGCAAUCAUUUUAAAGUUCUAGUGUACUUUUACUAACUACUGAUCAUCUUAAAGACAUUGUACAAGGCAUGACUAUAGUAAUAUGCCUUUAUCCCCAUGUCAAUUGGGUUUUCCACUGUGGCUCUACGAAUACAAGGCAUAGUGAUAUAAAAAAAAAAAUGCAUCAUUUAAUGGUAAAUAAUAGACUUGAGCUAAAUAAUUUUCAGCUGAUACAAAUGAAUCAAAAUCCUUUUAAUCUACACCAGAACUAACUGAUUCAUCCACAGGUAAACACUGGACCAAUUGAUUUGUUUGGGUAUAUAUUAAAAGGAAUUUGAUUUGUUCGUACCAAAUUAAAAAUAAUUUUUAUACAAGUCUAGUAAAAAAAAAAGAAAAGAAAGUUAUCUGGAUUCUGAGAUUUUUUUUCUUAACUAGAAUAAAUUGCUGGCAGUUUACUAAAACUCUCUGUUUAGUAAAUAAACCCCCACCAAGAAUUGGGUCUAAAAUUUAACUCCAGUUUCUCUAGUAACUAAACCAGGAUAAAAUCUUUUCAAUGGUUUGUUUCAAUUCAACAAAGCGAAUUCCUAGUAAAGUUUAGACGUAUACAUUGAUAUUCACGAAUUGGUACUAUUUUAGCACGUUAACUGAUCAGUAAUAAAUCCCUUGGUAAUAUGUUCUUGUAACAUGCUUUGGGUAUCAUGUCUAUAUUUUUUUAAAUUUCAAUAGUGCAAAUAUAUUCACUCAAUAGAGAUUUUUGCCAGUCAAAGCACAAAUAAUGAAAAGUGAUUUUUAUUUAUUUUUUGCACUUUUUUUCAUAAGGAAAAGUGGAUCAUUUUUAAAAUCUUUUUUUUCUCACGUCAUUAAUUUUUAUGGUUAUUUUUUUUCUCUUAGAACUGGUUACUACAUAUCGCUCCUUAGUGUUGAAUUGUCCCCCUAGUAAGUUUUCAUUUUCUGGCUUUGAUUUGCAGAUUGAAAAUAAGUCUCAUGAAAACUCCAGUGGCAGGGAUGGCUCAGCUACAUCAAAAGGCACCAUGGACAGUGGAUUGGGAAUGGAAGAUGAAUCUGCUCGAGAAAAUCUGCCUGGAGUAGUAACGGAAAAAGCAAGUUCUCCCAGAACAGCAGGAAUAUUGAAUAAUGGCAAAGGUAUUGUUGUUGUUGUUAUUAUUAUUAUUAUUAUUAUUUUAUUAUUAUUUAUAUAGCGCCAUCAGAUUCUGUAGCGCUGUACAAUGGGUAUCAACGUCCUCUUUAAGUAUAGAAUGUUUUAUUACUGAUUGGUUUACACAGGGCUGCAGAUUAUGUCGUGUAUUUAUUAAACCUAAUUUGUUUCGAUACAGCAUAUUAUCUAAACCAAUUUUCUGUAGUUCUACAAAUUAUUGUGUUACAUAAAUACACAUAUGUAGUACUUGGAAGUUGGGAGUGUUGGUAAAUUGCUCCCAUGGGAAGCUAAUACUUUACUUGAUGUUUUGCAGUUAAUACUUGCAUAUGAAGUUAUUUUACAGAGGGAAGAAGACUUGUAUUUACAUUGUGUACUGCUACUCAUUAAAUGUCCAGAAUAACCAAGGCACAAAAUAAGCUAGAAUUUCUGCUCACAGUUCUAACCUAUCAACAGCAACAUUCCAUUGGUUUCCACAGUAAUUACAAUACAUUUGCACUUUGCUCCAGGAUCUACCCACAGACCCACUAUUGUCUAAUCACACGUUACCUGGAAAGCUGCCCUAUUCAGCAUUUGAUAACUGAAAAGCUCUGAGUCUGCACUGCUAUGGCAGCACGUAGCAAGAGAUGCAGAUAUUACAUUUGUGUAAUGGGUGUAGUGUUUGUGUGUAUUAGAUGCAGUGUGUGCAGCGGAUUUAUUUAUUUAUUUAUUAAAUAUUUUACCAGGAAAGAUACAUUGAGAUUUAUCUCAUUUUCAAGUAUGUCCUGGGUCCACAAAUCAUUACAUUGUUACAUUAGGGUACAAUAAAAUACAAAAACAAUAUUAAUACACAAUAUAUACACAAUUUAUCAUAGAACAGGUAGGAAAUAUAUAAUCAACCAUGACAGGUGCAUUCUGUUUUGAGGUAUGUAGAGAGGGAUCUCUUAAAGGACUUUAGGCUUAGGGAAGAUUUUAAAUUGUGUGGGAGGUCGUUCCAUAAUUGCGGUGCUCUGUAGGAAAAGGAGGAUCGGGCUGCUUUCUUUUUGUACUGAGGUAGACUAAAUAAAGUGCUGGUAUUGGAUCGGAAGUUAUAGGAGGUGGGAACAGCUGAGGAGAGCAUUUUGUCAGGUAGGGUGGGAGUUUCCCAGAAAAGCUUUUAACCCCUUAAGGACCAAACUUCUGGAAUAAAAGGGAAUCAUGACAUGUCACACAUGUCAUGUGUCCUUAAGGGGUUAAACACAAGGCUGGAAAGAUGAAGGGUGCAUCUUGAUUCCAGCGACAGCUAGUUUAGUUCUUUUAGCAUGUCACAAUGGUUAGUUCAGUAAUUACAUUGUAGCACAAAUCAGCAGAACGAGUUAUACAAUGUAUUGAGUUUAUUAAUGUGGGAUUGCAGUGCAGGUGCGUAUACUACAUCCCCAUAAUCAAUGAUUGGCAUCGGCAUUUGCUGUACAAUCAGUGUAUGUUUGUGUAGUGUAUGUAGUGUGUGUUAUGUGAAUACAGAGUGUGUUUGUGUAGUGAAUAUAGUGUGUGUAUUAGAUGUGCUAUGUGUAUUAGAUGCAGUGUCUGUGUAUAAUGAAUGCAGAAUGUUAUUCCCCCCUCCCUGCUUCUUACCUGUGUCCAGGCAGGGGAGAGAUUCCAUUCCCUGGUGGUCCGGUGGCAUGGUGGGGCCCCCGGCUACAUGUUACUGCAGAGGGGCCCAGCAAGCUGCGUCUGCAUAUUCAGCUCCUCUCUCCCAUUAACUCUUAUGAGUGUGGCCAUGGUAACCAGUGUCAAUGCUCCGACGGCCGCGGGUCUCACGAGAGUUAAUGAAAUGAAAUUUAACCAGCACUUUUCCGACUUUGAUAAAUAUCACCCAUUGUGGAUGUUGUGACUAGUGUUGCUGACCCACCUCUCUGUUCUUCCUAUUGAUGGCUGGAGAUGCUGUGCAAAGAUGAGCAGGAUAUAUAGCGCAUAUUUUUCCUGAGGCUUUAGAUGUCUGUGGCAGGAUCCUCCAACUCACUGCUCUGAUUGGUCUAUCUGCAAUGCCCAGCCAAUGAGAAGUGGGAUAAGCCUGCUAUGUUCUUUGAAGAUUUAUCAAAUCUAUGUGAUCAAAAAUGUGAAUUCCAUUACAUUCCGUGGUGAUUGACACAAUUUUAGAAUGUUGCAUAAUUGUUCUAAUUGUCUUCAAACUCUUAUCUGAAUAGUUUGCAGUAAACCACAAAUAUUGACAAUAAUCUCUAUUUUUAAGGUAAACUGGCCCAUUUUAUAUGCUGUAUUACAAGUAAAAAAUGUGUGUUCAGGAUUUAAUAUAAUUUUUGUAGCUUCGUGUGUUUUAAAUAUUUGGUUGCUGCAAUAACAUUUUUACAAAGGUGCCGGUGACUCGCUGUUGACAAUAUGAAGAAAAUGACAAUCAAGUAACAUAAUGCAUAUUGUUUCCCUUAUACAAUGUCUUCCCUACUCAAUAGCAAAAGCAAAGGCUGUAAUUAAGCAUAACAGGAAAAAAAAAAUUGUGUCCUAGCAACAAAUUAUGUUACCUAACAUGUCAUAGAAACUUCUGAAGACUAAAGAUGAUUGCCACCUGCAUGGCAACAAUGAAACCCAAAUCAAUUGAAUUUCAGAGAAAUUCCAGAAAAGGGCAUUUUAUUACUUUACAUUAGAAUGUUUUACUAUAUUUGAAACAUAUCUAAACCAAAAUUCUAUCACAUUUAUAUGUAUAACUUUUUUUUUUAAGACAUUAUGUGACAUCCUAAUAAAAUUGCAAUGACAUAUUUCUCAAAAUGAAUGUGAUGCAGCUUAGUUGUCUAUAAAGAAUUUCCUAACUGGAGAGAUGAGGUAUAAUUACCAGGCUUAAGGUGUAAAAAGCAGAUUUUAUCCUUGAGCCCAUUUCUGAUAGCCAUAAGAAUUAUGGGGCCCACAUAUAUAAAGGUUCUGUUAUCAAAAUUGCUUUAAAACACUAAGUGAUUGAAUGUGUGUGUACUUUAUGUAACUGCUAUUGGUGAUAAUUAGAAGACGUAUUUACAGUAAUAAUAGCGUCACUACUUUGUACGCAAACUGUACUUUGUCCAGUGCUAGUCUAAUAUAUUUACUUACACACAUAGAACAUUGGAGCAAAUCGCCAUUGUGGCAGGCUAAUGCAAUGUAUGAUCAUAUCUUAUAACUAAAUUCUUGUUUUUGUUUUGUGUUUUUCACUUUGUGGGUUAUUGUAAAUUGUGCAUUUUGUCAGCAAGUAUGCAUGUGUAUCCUUUCUGUUCUAUGUAUAAUAUGGGAGAAUUAACCAAAACUCCUGGUUUGCACACUUGCCUCCAACAGAUGCCUCAUUUUUGAUCCUAUUUAAAACUUGAACUGCAGAGAGCCCCCAAAGUAUGUAUGUCCCAAGUAAGCAAAUUGCUCUUCCAAGAGCAGACACUAUUAGCAGCAAUAAAUGUAAGUAAUUAUUUUCUGUAUGACUUUAUCAGUCUGUCACAUUGUUGUGGGGGAAUUUUGACCCACUUUUUACAAUGUUGCUUCAGUUCAUUGAGGUUUGCUGGCAUUUGUUUAUGCACAGCUCUUUUUAGGUUGCACCACAGCACUUUGGGUUGAGGUCUGGACUUUGGCUGGGCCAUUUGCAACACCUUUUCUUUUUCAGCCAUUUUGUUGUAGAUUUGCUGCUGUGCUUGGGAUGUGUGUGUGUUCGUGUGUGUGUGUGUGUGUGUGUACACACACACACAAUAAACUGCAUUCGCAGGAGCUGGAAAUAUAGUUUUAAUGGAAAACAAAUACAAUUUCAGACUUGUAGCUGCAGAAAUUAAACAAUACGAGCAUGUUUUAAUAAUUUGUCUUAUCAUUCAUGUAUCUUCAGAGUUUAUAUCUUUCAUUUAUAAAAAUGUAUGGAGGGUUUUUUUCUGCAAUAGCUGGCGGUGUAUUUAUCGUAUGAUAACAGAACCCAGUCUGCUAUGAUUAGUUGGAUUUUGUUCUGUAAAUCCUUCGCCCACCAUGUCCUUUUUUAUGUUUCAAUUAAUUGAGUGCAGGAAACCAUGGGAAAAGUAUGUUAACUAGCCUACAAUCUUAAAGAAAACUGCAAUGUGCUUUGUGUAUUGCAUUCUGCAGACUCUUUAUUGCUGACCAGUAAAAGUCAACAGGAAAGGCAGACGUCCUCACAUAUCCUGGAAGAACUGAUGACUCAAGGAAUUAUACAGAGCAAAACGAAAGUUGUCAAAAAUGGAGAAGCCUAUGAUGUAAUGGUAAGUGAGCAUACGAGGAGACUUUAAUAAAUAAUACAAUCGGAUCCUCGUGUUUCAGUGAAUCCUACAUGCAUGUAUAUCACUCUGGGGGUGGGAAGGGUAGGUAGCACAGACCUCUAAAGACCAAUGACAUUUUAUCCUAUAUCACGAUCUGGUCACUAACUGAGUGCAUAUGUAGACAUGUACUAGGUGAGUGCUGAGUUUGUUCAGGCACUCCAUAAUGUAGAGCUUUACUUGUCUUGUCUUGUGUUCAGGAUUCCGUGGUCACUUUUGUGAUAGUUACCUUAUUUUGAUGGUAUAAAACCCCCAACCUUCAAUACUGCUAUAUACGCCAUAUACACUCCUCACUGGGUGGGUGUAGCAGAAGUGUAAUACCCACCUCUGUAAUGAGAUUGUGGAAGGGUCAGGUAAGUGACCCUAUGAUCAUAGAGAGAUAAUAGACAGACACAUAUUUAAAUAGGACUUGAUUUUGAUGGCACUUCAUUUUGAAAAAAAGAUUAAAUUAUAAAACAUAUUUGUAAGAGAAUCAAUUCCUUAAAUAUCCAUUAUACUGUAUGACUGAAUUAUUUUCAAUAUUAAUUAAUGUGUUUUAGUUGGAAACAAUGGAAAAACCAUUAGGGAGACCUCCUGCAAAACUUGAGAAAUUAAAAACCAAGAAGACAAUAAAUACAAGCCUAACAAAAGAGGAUAUUGAAAGCAAAAUGAAAGCUGCUGAGGAGAGAAGAAAGGUAAGUUAUGCAAUCAUAAAGUUGCUAUUCUACUGUUAUGUAACAAAAAGAAUGACAUAGAAACACAGAAACAUAGAAUGUGACGGCAGAUAAGAACCAUUCGGCCCAUCUAGUCUGCCCAAUUUUCUAAAUACUUUCAUUAGUCCCUAGCCUUAUCUUAUAGUUAGGAUAGCCUUAUGCCUAUCCCACUCAUGCUUAAACUCCUUUACUGUGUUAACCUCUACCACUUCAGCUGGAAGGCUAUUCCAUGCAUCCACUACCCUCUCAGUAAAGUAAUACUUCCUGAUAUUCUUUUUAAACCUUUGUCCCUCUAAUUUAAGACUAUGUCCUCUUGUUGUGGUAGUUUUUCUUCUUUUAAAUAUAGUCUCCUCCUUUACUGUGUUGAUUCCCUUUAUGUAUUUAAAUGUUUCUAUCAUAUCCCCCCUGUCUCGUCUUUCCUCCAAGCUAUACAUGUUAAGAUCCUUUAACCUUUCCUGGUAAGUUUUAUCCCGCAAUCCAUGAACCAGUUUAGUAGCCCUUCUCUGAACUCUCUCUAAGGUAUCAAUAUCCAUCUGAAGAUACGGUCUCCAGUACUGUGUACAAUACUCCAAGUGAGGUCUCACCAGUGUUCUGUACGAUGGCCUAUACAACCAAGCAUUCUGCUAGCAUUUCCUGCUGCUCUAUUACAUUGUCUGCCUACCUUUAAGUCAUCAGAAAUAAUCACCCCUAAAUCCCUUUCCUCAGAUGUUGAGUUUAGGACUCUAUCAAAUAUUUUGUACUCUGCCCUUGGGUUUUUACGUCCAAGAUGCAUUAUCUUGCACUUAUCCACAUUAAAUGUCAGUUGCUACAAUUUUGACCAUUUUUCUAGUUUACCUAAAUCAUUUGCAAUUUGGCUUAUCCCUCCUGGAACAUCAACCCUGUUACAUAUCUUAGUAUCAUCAGCAAAAAGACAUACCUUACCAUCAAGACCUUCUGCAAUAUCACUAAUAAAAAUAUUAAAGAGAAUGGGUCCAAGUACAGAUCCCUGAGGUACCCCACUGGUGACAAGUCCAAGCUUCGAAUAUAUUCCAUUGACUACAACCCUCUGUUGCAUGUCACUCGGCCACUGCCUUACCCAUUCAACAAUAUUGCAAUCCAAACUUAGAGAUUGCAGUUUAUUGAUAAGCCACAGUGUCAAAAGCCUUACUGAAAUCUAAGUAAGCAAUGUCUACUGCACCACCCUGAUCUAUAAUUUUAGUUACCCAAUCAAAAAAAUCAAUAAGAUUAGUUUGAUCUCCCUGAAGUAAACCAAUGUUGUCUCUGAUCUUGAAAUCCAUGUGUUUUUAGAUGUUCAACAAUCCUUUCCUUUAACAUGGUUUCCAUCACUUUACUGGCCUAAAAUUACCCAACUCCUCCCUAUUACCUUUCUUGUAAAUGGGCACAACAUUUGCUAACUUCCAAUCUUCUGGGACUACUCCUGUUAACAAUGAUUGGUUAAAUAAAUCUGUUAAUGGUUUUGCUGGUACACCACUAAGCUCUUUUAAUAGCUUUGGGUGUAUUCCAUCAGGUCCCAUUGACUUAUUUGUCUUUACUUUUGACAGUUGAAAUAGAACCUCUUCCUCUGUAAACUCACGUGUAAUAAAUGACUCAUUUAUCCUUUUUCUUAACUGAGGUCCCUUUCCUUCAUUUUCAUAUGUAAAUACUGAACAAAAAUAUUCAUUGAGGCAGUCAGCUAGACCUUUAUGCUCUUCUACAUACCUUCCUCCUUUUGUUUUUAAUCUAACUAAUCCUUGUUUUACUUUUCUUUUCUCAUUUAUGUAUCUAAAAAAAGUUUUGUCCCCCUUUUUUACUGUCUGCUAUUUUCUCUUCUGUGUGUGAUUUGACAUAGUGAGUUACACUGAUAUACUCACGGUUAUUCAGUAAAACGUGAAAUGUUGGAAUUAAAAAGUGAAUUGAAAAAUUUAGGCUAAAAUAAACAAUGUGAGAAAAAUACUAUGCAUGUCCACUAUGGUUUUCAUUUCAGCCAAAAAUAUGUCAUUCACUUUGAACCCACUCUCAAUUCCAGAUAAUACCCAAUACAGAGAAAAGCAUAGAAAUAUUUGAUAUUAAAAACAUACAAGAAACAUUUUACCUAUGCACAAAAAUGUAUUUAUUUUUUCAGUAUUGCAUUAAUAUUUGUAUGAUUUGUGUGUUGUUUAUUUUUUUUAUUAUAUUUUUUUUAAUUGCAUGAAUAGACCUCCUACCAUCAUGCAGCUGUCUGUAUAUAAAGAAUUUGAUGCAGUGUGCAGCAUUCUAUAUAGUUCGUGAAACCAAUGCCGUAUGUUACAAGGGUUUGAAAUGAACAGGUGGAGAAAUCAGAGUGUUUAUUAAACUUCAAAUGCAGUCCAGUUUGAAAAAAUCCAUUGAAUCAAUGUUUUCCUAUGGGGAUUUAGAGGACGCUGGACGUCCUCAUGCAAAGCGUAAAAACAUGCAGCGUUGUUUCACAGAGUUCAACUUAGUGAAACAGCAAGACAGUAGUAGACAGUCACUAGAGGUAGUCUUAACCCUGCAAUGUUUUACAUUGCAAGGCUAAGGGGACAGGGACACUGUACCCAGACCACUUUAAUGAGAUGAAGUGGUCUGGGUGCCCAUAGUGUCCCUUUAAGCCAUAUGCAUCAGCUGAAAACAGCUAAAGCAUAUGGCUUAAUGACUGUUUUGCAUGCGAGAUUGCCAAAUGCUACUGUACAGGAGGGUUCUUGGCUUAAGCAUCAUAUCGAUUCAUUAUAUAAAAAUAAUUUAAAUAAAUACCCCAUAACCUCUUGCUACUGGAUAAGUUGAAGAAAAAUGUAAACAGCCAGCACUCCUAUUACAAUGUUCACUAUGUGCAAUGUGACUCACUAUGUUGUACGUGCAUUGUGAGUCUAGAUCCACAGUCUAGUGUGAGUUAACAAUUGUAAAAAAGCUUGACAAAGACCUCUACAGAAGUGGCCUUUAGAGAGAUUGAAAUGUUGUCAGUUUGCUGUGAGAUCUCAAUAAAAAAAUUGUAGAUCUUUCACAUUAGUCCCACAUGCUGGACAUUCUUUUGGUUUGAAUAACUUUAGCAGUAUGGAAGAGAAGGGCAAGUCUGAGAAAUAUUACUAAUCUAAUAAGGAAUCUAGAAAGUACUAGACUAGUGUUGAGGCAGAAAUUAAGUAGACAUAUAGGGAGAAGUCAGCUUAUUGAUGUGUCUGGGUGCAGUGUCCCAGGUCCCUUAACCCUGCAGUUGUAAUUAUUGCAGUUUUCGAUAAACAGCAAUAAUUACCUUUUAAGGGUUAAACUCCACCUCUAGUGACCGUGUACCAGACAGCUACCAGAGGAACUUCCGAGUUGUUAGGCGACUUUUUUGUUGCCUAACUGAUGCUGGACGUCCUGACUCUAUGCAUGAGGACAUCCAGCAUCACCCAAAACCCCAUAGGUAAGCAUUAUACAAUGCUUUUUUAUGUGGGAAGUCCUAAUGUGCAUUGGGUCUUUCUCGCAGUCCGAUGUCAGCGGGAGGAGAAGUGGAGGCGGAGCCUGGGCCAGCCGCUUAGGGACAUGGAAUCAGGUAACUGACAGAAGGGUUUUUUAACAGGGAGGGGGACACUCUAGGGAGCUAUAAUGCCAGGAAAACAACAAAGUUUGUUGUUUUCCUAGCACGAUAGUUCCUUUAAGGUGAGUAUUUUCUUUGGUUUAAUCUUUUGAUUUUUGUUUUUUAUAUUUUUAAUGCAUUAUCUGUAAAGUGCGUAAAAAAACGGAGCUCAUGUUAAACCAGGGCGUUAUUUUACUCAAAAGGGAGAAGAGGCAGACAGUACAGUCUUGGGGUCUCCAUGUGCGAAUGCAUAGUAAACAUUGUUAGCAAUGUAUAGAAGUCAUGUUCACGGGAUGAACAUGUGUACUCCUUUUUAAAAAAAAUGUAUAUAAUAAAAUAUCAUGGUCGGGGCGGAGCCUAACCAGCGAGCUAGCUGGACGUGCACGGCUAGAGCUCCUGCAAAAUGGACAAAAAAACCUUUGGUUUUAUCGAGCUGCUGAACCGCAAACCUCCGACGGAACAGCCCACGGCACUGUGUAAACGUGCCGGAAUCCAACGACGCCAAACAUGACACCCGGAGAGACCGGGCACCGCAACAGCAAAUGAGGCCUACCACAGGAGGCGGCGAGGAAAGGCGGCCACUUUCCCGCCGAACGCGGACAGCCAAAUGCGAGUAUACCACACUUCCCACCGGUGGGGGAUAUCCCGGUCCCCGCUGGAUGGAGAACCCCAAGAUCUACGCCCCUCGAAUACACCCGCAAUCACCUCAAGUGGGAGUUGGGGCCUCCAAGAUGGCGGAUGCACGAGAUCCAGCAAUAACGAACAAGCAACCUAACACUGGACUGGGCAAAGGCACCAACGAGAGAGACUCCAUUGAUGUUAUUAAAAUGGUUUGAGAUUUCUAAAAGAAAAGAGAAACCUCUAUUUAGGGUAUAAAUAAUAGCACAGCUACAAAAAGACAACUCGACUGGAAAAAAUAGAGGCUCCACUAACAGGUCUCUAAUAAUGCAAAUUUGAGAGAAGAGUUAUUAAAUAAAAAUUUAAUAAAAUAUCCAGGAGUGGUCUGUAGCUUUAAACUAAUAAUGCUUCAAAAACUUGAUAAAAGAAAAAUGGAACAUUAACAUCCAAUUGUAGCUUCUUCUGUAAAAGAAACUUGGAUUAGUGAAUUCCAAUGUAUAACAGUCUAUGACUUGUAAUUAAAUUGGUAACUGUCUGUUGUUACUCUGUAUGUGUAAGCUAAUUCAGUUAACUCCAGUUAUGGGUGAACUGGUAUUUGAAUACUGGAUUAGUUCAUUAAUAUAAUACAAUAUGGACAGUUUAUAUGGUCCUUAUAACUGAAAUAUUGUAUCUAUUGCCACACUGUUAGUGAUAGCUAACAAACUGUAUUUAGUGACUUACAGUUUAAAUAACACUUUACUCCUAGUAAUAGGAAAUAAAGUUAAAAGUCCAAGUGCUAAUGAAAAUAAUUUAUUAAUGAAUAAAAUAGUUAAAAAGAAAAAUAAGAACGUUCCACUCACAUUAUGUCAAAUACAUACUGGAUACUUUUGCAGGGGAAUAAAAUGAGCAGCUGAAGAAAAAUAGAUGUGUUGUCCGAUCACCACUUGAUGAAUGGAUCGGCAAUGUUCUUAGCCGCGUGCGUGUCACCCGGUUUCCCUCCUGCGUUCCAGCUAGAAGUCGGCAGUAUUUCGGUGAAUGCCGAAAAGCAAUGUGGUGUCGUUCUAGGUGUCGUCCUAACGCGUUUCGUGAGUCUUCUCUCACUUCAUCAGAGGAUGCUUGAUAGGACCAUCUCGCAGGUUUAAAUAGCUAGCAAAUUGGCUGGCUUAGAUUAACUCUUAAUAGUUCAUAGCACUGGAUUCUUUUAUAUAGAUCAUACAUAAUUACAAAUAAUUAACAGUAAAAUUAAACAUACAGAUGAUAAAUUCACAAUAUAUAUUGGACCUAUACAUAUUGUUAAAAAAAUAAAACUGAGAAUUCAUUCAACAAUAAUAGAUAUAAAAAUAUUAACAAAUAUUACACAUUAUACAAAUGUGAGUAAAUGGUUAAAACGAAAUAAUUUUUAAAAUAUGUUUACUAUCAUUUUAAUUAUAGAUCUCAAAAUCAGAUGUUCUGUUGUACAUAUAUUGGUCAAUUGAUAUAUUAUAAUAAGACUCAUAAUAUGAAAUACAUAAUAAAAAUUUACAUAAUAAAAACUCAAAAAAUGUAGCAAAAAAGAUGUCAAUAUAUAACUCCACUCAAAUGUGAUAUGUAUCUAAAAGGAAAAAAAAACAAAACAAAAAAAAAAAAAACACCUUUAUAAAAAAGCCCUUAAUUCAAAAUCCACAUUUAGACCUUUAGGUUCUAACGAAUCUAGCUGAAAUAUCCAUUUAGCCUCUGCUUUGUCUAGUUCUUUCUCUAGAUCUCCUCCUCUCCAGGGAAUAUUUACUUUUUGGAUUGCCAUAAAGCUAAGUCCCUUAGGGUCACUUGCAUGUACAAGAUUAAAAUGUCUCGAAAGGUUGUGUGAAUGGAUUCCAUUUUUAAUAUUUCUGAUAUGUUCUCCCAUUCUAGUUUUAAAAGCUCUUUUGGUACGUCCUAUAUAUAUUUUAUUGCAAGGGCAUUUUAAUAAAUAGAUUACACCAGUAGUGUUACAAUUUAGGUGUGAUUUUAUUUUGAAAAUUUCUUUUGUUUGUGGGUGAGUAAAUUCUGUAAUAUUUGAAGAUUGAUUUGGAUUGUUUAUACACGCCUGACAUUUUUUACAUUUCCAGAACCCUUUUAUUGUUUUAAAGGUGGUGGUUAUAUUUUCUCUUGGUUUUUCUUGUUUAGUUGUUGGUGCUAAUAAUAGACCUAAAUUGGGGGCUUUGGAAUGUAUUAUUCGAGGUUUAUUACCUAAUAUUCGUUCUAAUUGAGGGUCUCCUUUUAAAAUGUUCCAAUUUUUUUGUAGAAUUUUUCUAAUUUGGUGAGUUUGGCUAUUAUACCUUGUUAUGAAAGUGGGAGCUUCCAGAUUGGAUAGGUCUUUUUGUGGUUUAGUUUCUAAGAUUUGAUUUCUAGAUAAAAGAGAAGUUUUGGUUAAGGCCUGGUCUAAAAUUUUGUUUGAAUAGCCUUUUUCUUUAAAUUGUGCUGUCAUCAUUUUAGUUUGUUCAACACAUAUAUUUGGUUCGGAACAAUUUCUUUUUAUUCUCCUAAACUGGCUAAAUGGGAUAUUAUUGAGCCAUGUUUUUUUAUGAAAGCUGUUAUGAGGAAUAAAGCUAUUACAUGCCACUGAUUUUUUAAAAGUUUUAGUCUCCAGUUUAUUGUUUUGGAUAUAGAUUUCAAGGUCUAAGAACUCGAGUUUUUCUGUAGACUGAUUAAAAGUAAAUUUUAAAUUAUAGGGGUUAAAAUUUAGAUAUUGUUUAAAAUCUUCUAACGUAAUGAUAUCUCCCUUCCAGAUAAAAAUACAGUCAUCUAUGUAGCGAUGCCAUGAGACCAGAUUUGCGCCAAAUGGGUUGUUGGACCAGAUAUGCUCAUCUUCCCAUUUACCCAUAAAUAGAUUGGCAUAGCUUGGCGCAAAUCUGGUUCCCAUGGCAGUCCCCUCAAUUUGGAGGUACGGUCUCAUUUGAGGGACACUACUCACAUCAUCAACUUUUUAUCAGAUAUAGAAUGGAAUUCAGAAUAUAUUUUAGUGACAGCAGAUGUCACAUCCCUGUACACAGUUAUCGAACACCUACAGGGAUGUGAAGCUAUUCAAUAUGCACUUGGUACCUUUUCAGAUCUUAAAAAUGAUCAAAUUGAAUAUAUUGUGAAAUGUGUAGCUUUUAUUCUUAGCCAUAACUUUUUUUGGGCCAAUCACCACCACUACCUCCAAAUUGAGGGGACUGCCAUGGGAACCAGAUUUGCGCCAAGCUAUGCCAAUCUAUUUAUGGGUAAAUGGGAAGAUGAGCAUAUCUGGUCCAACAACCCAUUUGGCGCAAAUCUGGUCUCAUGGCAUCGCUACAUAGAUGACUGUAUUUUUAUCUGGAAGGGAGAUAUCAUUACGUUAGAAGAUUUUAAACAAUAUCUAAAUUUUAACCCCUAUAAUUUAAAAUUUACUUUUAAUCAGUCUACAGAAAAACUCGAGUUCUUAGACCUUGAAAUCUAUAUCCAAAACAAUAAACUGGAGACUAAAACUUUUAAAAAAUCAGUGGCAUGUAAUAGCUUUAUUCCUCAUAACAGCUUUCAUAAAAAAACAUGGCUCAAUAAUAUCCCAUUUAGCCAGUUUAGGAGAAUAAAAAGAAAUUGUUCCGAACCAAAUAUAUGUGUUGAACAAACUAAAAUGAUGACAGCACAAUUUAAAGAAAAAGGCUAUUCAAACAAAAUUUUAGACCAGGCCUUAACCAAAACUUCUCUUUUAUCUAGAAAUCAAAUCUUAGAAACUAAACCACAAAAAGACCUAUCCAAUCUGGAAGCUCCCACUUUCAUAACAAGGUAUAAUAGCCAAACUCACCAAAUUAGAAAAAUUCUACAAAAAAAUUGGAACAUUUUAAAAGGAGACCCUCAAUUAGAACGAAUAUUAGGUAAUAAACCUCGAAUAAUACAUUCCAAAGCCCCCAAUUUAGGUCUAUUAUUAGCACCAACAACUAAACAAGAAAAACCAAGAGAAAAUAUAACCACCACCUUUAAAACAAUAAAAGGGUUCUGGAAAUGUAAAAAAUGUCAGGCGUGUAUAAACAAUCCAAAUCAAUCUUCAAAUAUUACAGAAUUUACUCACCCACAAACAAAAGAAAUUUUCAAAAUAAAAUCACACCUAAAUUGUAACACUACUGGUGUAAUCUAUUUAUUAAAAUGCCCUUGCAAUAAAAUAUAUAUAGGACGUACCAAAAGAGCUUUUAAAACUAGAAUGGGAGAACAUAUCAGAAAUAUUAAAAAUGGAAUCCAUUCACACAACCUUUCGAGACAUUUUAAUCUUGUACAUGCAAGUGACCCUAAGGGACUUAGCUUUAUGGCAAUCCAAAAAGUAAAUAUUCCCUGGAGAGGAGGAGAUCUAGAGAAAGAACUAGACAAAGCAGAGGCUAAAUGGAUAUUUCAGCUAGAUUCGUUAGAACCUAAAGGUCUAAAUGUGGAUUUUGAAUUAAGGGCUUUUUUAUAAAGGUGUUUUUUUUUUUUUUGUUUUGUUUUUUUUUCCUUUUAGAUACAUAUCACAUUUGAGUGGAGUUAUAUAUUGACAUCUUUUUUGCUACAUUUUUUGAGUUUUUAUUAUGUAAAUUUUUAUUAUGUAUUUCAUAUUAUGAGUCUUAUUAUAAUAUAUCAAUUGACCAAUAUAUGUACAACAGAACAUCUGAUUUUGAGAUCUAUAAUUAAAAUGAUAGUAAACAUAUUUUAAAAAUUAUUUCGUUUUAACCAUUUACUCACAUUUGUAUAAUGUGUAAUAUUUGUUAAUAUUUUUAUAUCUAUUAUUGUUGAAUGAAUUCUCAGUUUUAUUUUUUUAACAAUAUGUAUAGGUCCAAUAUAUAUUGUGAAUUUAUCAUCUGUAUGUUUAAUUUUACUGUUAAUUAUUUGUAAUUAUGUAUGAUCUAUAUAAAAGAAUCCAGUGCUAUGAACUAUUAAGAGUUAAUCUAAGCCAGCCAAUUUGCUAGCUAUUUAAACCUGCGAGAUGGUCCUAUCAAGCAUCCUCUGAUGAAGUGAGAGAAGACUCACGAAACGCGUUAGGACGACACCUAGAACGACACCACAUUGCUUUUCGGCAUUCACCGAAAUACUGCCGACUUCUAGCUGGAACGCAGGAGGGAAACCGGGUGACACGCACGCGGCUAAGAACAUUGCCGAUCCAUUCAUCAAGUGGUGAUCGGACAACACAUCUAUUUUUCUUCAGCUGCUCAUUUUAUUCCCCUGCAAAAGUAUCCAGUAUGUAUUUGACAUAAUGUGAGUGGAUCGUUCUUAUUUUUCUUUUUAACUAUUUUAUUCAUUAAUAAAUUAUUUUCAUUAGCACUUGGACUUUUAACUUUAUUUCCUAUUUCUAGGAGUAAAGUGUUAUUUAAACUGUAAGUCACUAAAUACAGUUUGUUAGCUAUCACUAACAGUGUGGCAAUAGAUACAAUAUUUCAGUUAUAAGGACCAUAUAAACUGUUCAUAUUGUAUUAUAUUAAUGAACUAAUCCAGUAUUCAAAUACCAGUUCACCCAUAACUGGAGUUAACUGAAUUAGCUUACACAUACAGAGUAACAACAGACAGUUACCAAUUUAAUUACAAGUCAUAGACUGUUAUACAUUGGAAUUCACUAAUCCAAGUUUCUUUUACAGAAGAAGCUACAAUUGGAUGUUAAUGUUCCAUUUUUCUUUUAUCAAGUUUUUGAAGCAUUAUUAGUUUAAAGCUACAGACCACUCCUGGAUAUUUUAUUAAAUUUUUAUUUAAUAACUCUUCUCUCAAAUUUCCAUUGAUGUUAUAUUUGAAGUAUUUUGGGCUAAACUACUGGCACUUUUACAGCCAAUUGGGCCACAUCAUAAAGAGACUAUGAAACACAAAAAGCAAGUGAAGGGGAGACUUGGGAAACCUCCUCAACGAGUGUGGGAACCUCCAGCUACAACCCCCCCGAACACGGGGCCCUCUUGGGUAGAGAGCAUCAGGGGUCGACCUCCAUAGGACCCCCUAUCCACCCCCUUCUUGGGGGCUCUGUGUUUUCCACCAAGAAGGGGAAAACACAGAGCCCAGACUCACAUCACGGGGCACAACGAUCACCAACCUAACAAGAUAAUAGCAGCAGGCACGGCGGAGGGGCACCCAGAGCUGUAAGGCAGAAAUCCUCACCACUGCCGACACGCCGAACCUUUGCAAUAGCUCUGAGAACAGAUCCAAGCCAUCCCCACCGAUAUACCGGGACCCAGUGGUGGCUCAUACAUCCGGACAGUGCCAGAAACAACCGGCGCAUUAAAGGACUGACAACACCUGUCAACUGUCGUGCGAGCAGGACUGGCCUUACAUGCCCAAGGGAGCGAGGUAUGCCAGUGCUUGUCCCGCUUCUACAAUGCCCCAGCCAGCCCCACUGGCUCCAGUUAGGGCCACAACACCCAAAACUUUUUCACUCCUGGGUUACUGACCCCCCACUCAUGGGCAUCGGCUAAAAGGACCGAUGGCGGAACCCCAAAGAUGCCGCUUGCCUCUGGGAAAUGACUGGUGCAUACGUUGAUUACCUCCUCUAACUUUGAUAACUCUAGCCAGAAAAGCUCCUUAUCCUUCGUUUAUUAUGUACCGACCAGAACAGGCGUGGGCUGAUCGGGACUCUAAACACAGGCCUGCACUCAUAAUACAUGAGACAAUGCCACAGAUUAUGGACUCAUAUCUCAUUCAAGCCACAAUCCUGCAGCCACAAUAUUUUUUGACACGGCAUUCGCUUUUUGUAUUUGUUAUAUUGCCUGUGACCUUUUUUUUUGUUUUGUUUUUUGCCCUAUCUACUAAUCUGUUCAAUGGAGGCAUCUUGUUGUUCGUCUCUCUAGCAAUAUCAGUCUACUUAGCCUGCCUAAGCUAAUCUCUGCUGGACUUCCUAGCCUGUGAAACUUAGAUACGGGCAUGUGAAGCUUAUAUUGAUCUAUUCAGCUUGUUUAGCCAGAUACAGCUAAUGACUAGCAUAUCUAUUACAUAGUAACGUAAGCUUGUACAACUAGCCUGCAAUGUUCUCUAUCACCAUUAUAACCUGUCUUACGCUAAACCUUUUCUUAUUUUUAUUAAUAAUCAGCCUAGAUAUAACUCUAUGUUAAGCGUUAAUAAUUUAAAAAUGUGCAAAGUUUUUUCCACUGCCUAACUAACGUAAACCUUUGUUCGACUCUGGCUAUUGUGGCAAGGUGUGCUACAUGUGAAUUUCCAUGCACAAAUAAAAUAAAGAAUUAAAAAAAUAUAUAUAUAUCAUGGUCAAAGAUCCAAGUAAAAUCAAGAAUAGGGUUCUAGUAGUUGCUUUACAACACGUUGAGUAUUUUUUAAGGUAAGUGGAUUUUUAUAGAUAUUUAUCCAAAUUCUAUAUUUAACUACAUAACCGCAUUAAAUAAUAUUUUUAUGACAAAAUGACAGAAAACAAGCUUAUUUAAGUAAAUGUUGCUCUCUGGGUGACACUAUGGAAAGGAAUUAAUCUUUUGAUAGAUACACCCAGAGAAGGCACCAAAAUCAAAAAAUAAGCUUGUGGUUUUUUAAAAGACAAUUAGAAGACUAGACAGGUCAAUUAGCAUCCAUCCAUGUCAUGGUCCUUGUCUCAUUAUUGUCUACUGCAUGAGAAGUUCUUACAUGAAAAGGAUAAUGUAACUUUAGUCAGACUCAAUGAAUUUUACUAGUGUGAGUAAUUGUAUGCCUUUAAUAUUACAGACAAAGGAAGAGGAGCUGAAGAAAAGACUGAGGAGUGACAGGCCAGUAACUGCAUUACGGGGCAUAAGGGGAGAAGGUCCUUUUUCUAACCAUGAGCAACAUGAAGAUCCUUCCACUAUUCCACAUGAAACCUUAGAUUCAUCAGGAAAUGCUAUGAGUGAAAAUAUUCCAUCCAUGGGUCCACCUGAUACCUUAGAUUUUGAUGCAUCUGAAAAUGUAAUGAAUGAAAUGACACACAGCCAGAUGGUUAAUGAAGCUGCUGAUGAAAUAGUUGCUGUUGAAUCUGACAUCACAUAUAACAAUCCAAAUGUUAUGGACAUCGAUGCUGGAAGUGAUGACUUCUGAUGCACACUUUAGUUAUAUCCAAGAAUACUUACAUCCAGGCCACAAAUGAAAUUGCAGUUUAUAUGUGUAUAAGAGCAUUUGCACUUUUCCACUCGUAUAUAUUUUUUAAAAUAUUUCUAAUUCGGUUAUUUGCCAUCAUCUGCUUCAUUAUUCUGUUGCUAUACUAGAAAAUUUCAAAUAGGUUCCUAGAUUUAUCUAGAUGUAGAGCAUAUAGUACCAGAGAACUUUGAAAUGUGCUGAUCCGGAAAUCUGUCUCUUUUCAUAUUUGCUGAUAGAAUACCCAAAACAUAUUGCAGACCAGACAAAAAAACAAAACCACAUAUUAAAAGAUAAAAAGAAUUGGGGUGGGUAGAAAAUUGAGCCAAAGCCUUGUCCACAACCUGAUGAUUAACAUUAAUCUCAAUGGCAAAUCUCAUUGGUUCUCAAGUAGGCAUGUAGCAGGAGGCUGGUCAUACAUGUAGUAUCUGAUGAUAAUCUGAGGCUUGUACAAGAAUAUGACAAUCCAAUUCUAACAGUGUCUCUAUAAUUAAAGAUAAAUAAUUUUCAAGAUUUUAUUUCAUAGCCUU